AUGGCGGGUGGGAAACUCUACAGUGCUUCAGACAUGAAUGUUAUUUUUCAAAACGAAAAGCUCCCUUGCUCUUCUGACGUUCUUGAGUCUAUUUGGGUUCCCACUUCUUCCUCCUCUUUUCAUGGUUCAAAUUCAGUGGUUAAUUUUGAAAGUGCAAGUGGAGAAGACUCCUUGGAUAGGUCAUUCUUCCGACCGAUUGAUAAAGAAAAUGGAGAUGACGAUUAUGAUGCAAGCCUUAAUCAACCAGGAAAGAAAAGGCGGCUUACGGUGGAUCAAGUUCAGUUUCUGGAGAAGAACUUUGAGGUAGAAAACAAGCUUGAACCAGAGAGGAAGGCCCAACUUGCAAAAGAACUUAGCUUGCAGCCUCGCCAAGUUGCAAUUUGGUUUCAAAACCGGCGGGCGAGGUUUAAGAACAAACAGCUGGAGAAGGAGUAUGACUCAUUGAAAGCUAGCUUUGACAAGCUCAAGGCUGAUCAUGACAAUCUCCUCAAGGAGAACGGAAGUUUGAAGAAUGAGAUUGAUUCCCUCAAGGACAUGUUGAUUUUGAAAGAUAAAGGAAAGCCUGGAAAAAGAAAUUUGGAGUUACAUGAUGCAAACAAUAUUAUUUCAUCCGAUGUAAAGCCCCAAAGUGCAACUCCAAAUGCAGCUUCUGAUAAUGUGCCAAUGGUGGUAUGCAAGCAAGAGGAUGCAAGUUCUGCCAAAAGUGAUGUUUUUGACUCAGAUAGCCCACAUUGCACUGAAAACCAUUCUUCGUUGUUAGAGCCUGCUGAUUCUUCUCAUGUCUUUGAACCAGCUGAACAGUCGGAUUUCUCACAAGAUGAAGAUGAUGAUCUCAGCAAGACCCUUUUGCCCCCACCUUACUUCUUAAAACUUGAAGAUAGCUGCUAUGAUGAGCCGCCUGCAAGUUCUAGUAAUUUUGUGUUCCCAAUGGAAGAUCAGCAGCCCUUUUGUUUCUGGCCUUACUGA